CCUGGACGUGGGGAGUGAAAGCGAAAGCCCAGGCGGCGAACAGGAAGACCGGAGACCUAGCAGCAACUGGAGCAACAUGGCCAAGCCUUGUGGGGUGCGCCUGAGCGGGGAAGCCCGCAAACAGGUGGAUGUCUUCAGGCAAAAUCUUUUCCAGGAGGCUGAGGAAUUCCUCUACAGAUUCUUACCUCAGAAAAUCAUAUACCUGAAUCAGCUCUUGCAAGAGGACUCCCUCAACGUGACUGACAUGACUUCUCUCCGGGCCUCGCUGGACAUCCCCAUCCCAGACCCUCCACCCAAGGAUGAUGAGAUGGAAACGGAUAAGCAAGAGAAGAAAGAAGUCCCUAAGUGCGGCUUUCUCCCUGGGAAUGAGAAGGUCCUGGCCUUGCUUGCCCUGGUUAAGCCAGAAGUCUGGACUCUCAAAGAAAAAUGCAUUCUGGUGAUCACAUGGAUCCAGCACCUCAUCCCCAAAAUUGAGGAUGGAAAUGACUUUGGGGUGGCAAUCCAGGAAAAGGUGCUGGAGAGGGUAAAUGCAGUCAAGACCAAAGUGGAAGCCUUCCAGACAACCAUUUCCAAGUACUUCUCAGAACGUGGGGAUGCUGUGGCCAAGGCCUCUAAGGAGACCCAUGUAAUGGAUUACCGGGCCCUGGUGCACGAGCGAGACGAGGCAGCCUAUGGAGAGCUCAGGGCCAUGGUGCUGGACCUCAGGGCCUUCUAUGCUGAGCUUUACCAUAUUAUAAGCAGCAACCUGGAGAAAAUUGUCAACCCAAAGGGUGAAGAGAAGCCAUCUAUGUACUGAGCCCAGGGUUAGAAGGGAAAUAAAUGACCUAUACUUUGUGUGGAUAA